AUGGGAGAUGUUCCCAGCCUAAAGUUGCUGUUCAAAUCGAUAACAGCAAAGAAUUUCGUGGUGUCGGCCUUGGAAGCGGCGUUGGCACAUCUCGAGGCCCCAAUAUCGACAGAGAGAUCAGCGUCUCCCGACUUCAUGGACCAAGUCGAGCGCGUUGGGAUUUCGCUCGAUCUUCUCCUCGCGUGUCUUGCCCAUGGUAAACGGACCAAAUCACUCAAACAGUCCACAGUAACGACGUUGCUUCCAAGGUUUGAUGCUCUGAUAUCCGUUCUGUCAGCCUUCGUGGAAUGCUGCUUGAAUCUGCCUUCGAAUAUCCCCUUCUUGUUCUAUCCCGACGCGGCCAUCGGGCGAGCUUGCAAAGUCUUAUGCGUCCUGAUGAUCACGGACGAUGCGCUCGAACAAGCCGCUUACUCUUCCCCAAGCGCGAUCAGGCUCGUCUUGCGCCUUUGGUCCGCCAGGGUGCACAAUGGAGGAGUCUACGUGUCUUUCAGCGAUGCGAUUGACCCGAACGACGUUCUCAACCUCUAUCUUUCCGAUGAUCAUGGACAGGAUGUCUUGCUCCACUAUCUACUCUCAUCCCCUCGCCCAGUAAUUCGCAGCUUUACGCGGGCCCUCGUCCUUCGCGUCAAGCAUAUCGGAGAAUACGCGGUCGAAACCGAUUCAACCGAAUUCCCGGCGCCUGGUACGGAGAGACCGUGGCUUAAUUUCAGGAGUGGGGCGAAAACGCUGAUGUUACAGCCUGCGAUUUUUCCGUACCUGGCGAAGGAGGGAUUAAUCCAGGCAUGGGCUCGUUCACUUCUGGUCUCCGUCGGUUGUUCCAGAUCGCAUCUUGUGUUGGAUCAUUUCCUCGACCUUUUUAUGUUCGCAACCACGGUGAACAGAGGAAUCGCGCUCCGAGAAGUACUCUGCACACCUCUACUUCACGUUGUCUUCGAGUCCUUGGCGAGGUUUCGUCGAGGAGAUAAUCGCGUCGCCUUAUUCAAAGCCCAAUUCCUGGCGGAGAGGCUAGCCAAUAUCGUCUUCCAUCCCUGGCUAGUGGUCCCGUUUUGGGAGGCCCUCAACCCCAACCUACCCUCGCUGGCACCACUCGCCAGGAGGUCGCCCAUACGAGAAAAUUGGGACCAUCUGGUUAGGGCGGUUGUGCGCGCAGCCGACCAGACCCUCAUCGAGUUUGCUUCCAAGCAUGAAAUGACGCCUCAGCGUGAUAAAAGCAAUCCAGCCACAUCGAGAGGGAAAACGUGUUCGGCCUGUCAUUGGGUGAAUUACUGCUCGCAGGCAUGUCAGCGUGCAGACUGGGAUCGAAGACACAGGACAGAGUGUGCUUCAAUGCGCCGAUGUUACAUUGACGACAAGCUUGGGGGCGCACGCUAUACGUUCACGAUGCGCUACUUUCAAACCCAAUGUAUCAUGUCCGGUCCACCACCAGUAAUUGAUGAUCUCGAUGAGUCCCCAGUCUUGAUAGUCGACAAUACUCGGAACGAUACGACCUAUAGAAGUGUUUGCCUCCCCCUAGCCCACUACCGCGCAUACCGCCUGCGGACCCCAUACCCUGCGAUCGAAGCACGGGUCGAUGGUAUCGUCGACGAUUUUAUCGCCUCUAGAAAGCCCUCGAUGUUGAUCGAGGCCGGUUUCCUUCAUUCUUCGAAGACCACGAUCGCUCUACUUCUGCGUUUGGAACGGAUUGGACCCGAAGGCGUCGAGGGUGAUAGGAUUUGGGAUAUGUGGAAGGUAUGCGAUAGCAUCCCGAGAUUGGUAACCGGCGGAUGGGAAGGUUUAUUCCCUGCGUUUUAUGACAAGGCGCCGAUGGUAGUGCCGGGUCAGUACACGGAAGAGGAGUUGAAGGAGAGGGAGAAUCGAAUGAACAGCCUGCAUGAAGGACUCAGUGCUAUCGCCUUCCGUCCCAAUCAGGAGCCAACUGUGCUCAAUUAA